AUGGACUCAGUGCCCCUUUGCCACCUUGCUCUGAAUGCCCUGAAAAGUGAGCACUGGAGUGAAACUGUGGCAUCUGCCAAUGUCACAGAGCAGAAGACUGGAGACAGUACAAAAUUAAUAACAAAUAUACGUGGGCUGCAGGGAUUUCUCGAUCAGGCCUCGAGACUGGGACUUGAUGUAUCAUUACAAAAAGUGGACAGGAACAUCAGCAGAGUAUUUUCCAACCUUUUUACUACCAUGAAAACAGAAGAGCUGAACCGCUAUCGGGACACGUUGCGGAGGGCUAUCUUACUGCUGAGCCCACGGGGAGCCCAGACUUUUAUUAAUGAGGCUGUGGAAACCAACCUUGCAUCAAAGGAUAGUCACUGGGUCUAUGUAAAUGAGGAAAUCACUGAUAAUGAGAUAUUAGAGUUGGUGCAUAGUGCUCUGGGGAGGAUGACAGUGAUCCGGCAAAUUUUCCCUCUCUCAAGGGACAACAGCCAGAGGUGCAUGAGGAACAACCACCGAAUAUCGUCCCUGCUGUGCGACCCACAGGAAGGCUACCUUCAGAUGCUGCAGGUUUCCAACCUGUACCUGUAUGACAGUGUGCUCAUGCUGGCCAAUGCUUUCCACAGAAAACUGGAGGACAGGAAAUGGCACAGCAUGGCAAGUCUGAACUGCAUGAGGAAAUCCACCAAACCUUGGAAUGGAGGACGAUCCAUGCUAGAGACUAUUAAGAAGGGCCAUAUAACUGGGCUUACUGGUGUUAUGGAGUUCAGAGAAGAUGGUGCCAACCCCUAUGUUCAAUUUGAAAUCCUGGGCACAAGCUACAGCGAAACCUUUGGCAAAGAUGUGCGGAGGUUGGCAACGUGGGACUCUGAGAAAGGACUGAAUGGCAGCCUGCAGGAGAGACGUCUGGGCAAUGACUUACAAGGAGUGACACUCAAAGUGGUGACUGUCUUGGAAGAACCUUUUGUGAUGGUGGCAGAGAACAUACUUGGGCAGCCAAAACGAUAUAAAGGAUUUUCCAUUGAUGUCCUGGAUGCACUUGCCAAGAAUCUAGGCUUCAAGUAUGAGAUAUAUCAAGCUCCUGAUGGCAAAUAUGGACAGCAGCUCCAAAACAGCUCAUGGAAUGGCAUGAUUGGAGAACUCAUUAACAAGAGAGCAGACCUGGCCAUCUCAGCCAUCACCAUAACACCCGAACGAGAGAGCGUUGUGGACUUCAGCAAGCGCUACAUGGACUAUUCUGUGGGGAUCUUAAUCAAAAAACCUGAAGAGAAAAUCAACAUCUUCUCUCUCUUUGCUCCUUUCGACUUCGCGGUGUGGGCCUGCAUCGCCGCAGCCAUCCCUAUAGUCGGCGUCUUGAUCUUCGUCCUGAACCGGAUCCAGGCAGUCAGGGCACAGAACGCUUCCCAGCCCAGCCCUUCUGUGUCCUCCACCCUCCACAGUGCCAUCUGGGUUGUGUAUGGAGCCUUUGUUCAGCAAGGGAGUGAAUCCACUGUCAAUUCUGUGGCAAUGCGCAUUGUAAUGGGAAGCUGGUGGCUCUUCACCCUUAUCGUGUGCUCUUCCUACACAGCGAAUUUAGCAGCAUUUCUCACAGUAUCAAGGAUGGAUAAUCCCAUCAGAACAUUUCAAGAUCUGUCCAAACAAAUGGAUAUAUCUUAUGGUACAGUCAGGGAUUCAGCAGUGUAUGAAUACUUUAAAGCAAAAGGGACAAACCCUUUGGAGCAGGAUAACACAUUUGCUGAACUGUGGAGGACAAUCAGUAAGAAUAAUGGGGCAGAUAAUUGCGUAUCGAACCCUUCUGAAGGCAUCAGGAAGGCCAAGAAAGGAAAUUACGCUUUCCUGUGGGAUGUGACAGUGGUGGAAUACGCGGCGCUGACAGAUGACGAAUGCUCUGUGACAGUCAUAGGAAACAGCAUCAGCAGCAAAGGAUACGGGAUAGCACUCCAGCAUGGAAGUCCCUACAGAGAUCUUUUCUCCCAGAGGAUCCUAGAGUUGCAAGAAAGUGGAGAUUUGGAUGUUCUUAAACAGAAAUGGUGGCCACGGAUGGGACGCUGUGACCUGAAUAGCCACACCAAUGCACAGACAGAUGGGAAGGCACUCAAGCUUCACAGUUUUGCAGGCGUUUUCUGCAUUUUAGCAAUAGGCCUUCUUCUUGCUUGCUUGGUGGCAGCAUUGGAGUUGUGGUGGAACAGCAACCGUUGUCAUCAAGAAACACCGAAAGAGGACAAAGAAGUGAAUCUGGAGCAGGUCCACAGGCGCAUGAACAGUUUAAUUGACGAAGACAUAGCCCACAAGCAAAUCUCUCCGGCGUCCAUUGAAAUCUCAGCCCUGGAGAUCGGUGGCAUGCAGCCAGCCCAGACCCUGGAGCCCGUGCGCGAGUACCAGAACACGCAACUGUCUGUCACCACCUUUUUACCAGAACAGACAACGCAUGGUGCCAGCAGGACACUCACAGCUGCCUCUGGCAGCAACCUGCCGCUGCCCCUGAGCAGCUCAGCCACCAUGCCCUCCAUACAGUGCAAACACAGGUCACCAAACGGAGGACUAUUUCGUCAGAGCCCCGUGAAAACCCCCAUCCCAAUGUCAUUCCAGUCCGUGCCGGGGGGAGUCAUUCCAGAAGCGAUGGAGCCCUCGCAUGGAACAUCCAUAUGACGAAAACAAACAGUAAAACAACCAGCAGAGCUUUUUAAUACAAAAAAUUUAAAAGGAACAAAAAAAAAAAAAAAAAAGCGAACAAACUCUUACGUUUUUCUUGUAUAUACUUGUAAAUAAUGAAAGAAUGAAGUGGGGUAAAAGUGUAUUUUGAAUAUUCCCAAUUUUCGAAGUAAGUAAAAAACAAAACAAAAAACAAACAAAAUGUAUGAAUGACUUUGUAAAUUUUGUUCUAUAUGAAUAAAAAGGCAAACUACUUGUGGUUGUUCUCAAGUGCCAAAGAAGACCUGUUACUGGGACUGAGGGCCAUACUUUUCUUUUUUUCCAUGGAUUUCAACACUUAUUCCCUUACAGGUUUGUUUGUUUGUUUGUUUGUUUUUAAGAGCAAAAAAAUUGUCUGUUUCUUGCUAGAAAAAUUCACCAUGCUCAAAUCUCUCCUUUUCCCAGAACCCUCUUUUAUAGUCAAGAUGACAAUUCACUUGCAGAACUUAACAGCUGGUAUUAGCAUAGCAGUAACAAAUGUUUUAAAGGUGAAUUAUAACUAAAAUCCAACCAACAAUAAACAGGAAAAAAAAAAAAAAAGAAAAAAAGAGAAUUUUUUCUUCUAACAAGGAUUUAAACUUCCACACAGUUUCUAAGUUUAAGCACAGGAUUGUUGGAUUGUGGGUUUUUUUACAUGUCUACUCUGCUGUGUGGCUCUUUCUGUUUAACUCUCUGUGUUUUGUUAUACAUAUAUAUAAUAUAUAUUAUAUAUAUUAUGAGGUAUAUAUUAUAUAUAUAUAUAAACCCUGUGAUGAACAACAUGUUUUAGGUUAAGGGGACAGCUUUCAAGAAAAACUGCUACGCUUUUUUUUUUUUUUCUUGUGUACAUGACUGAAAAUGGGGAGGAACCAAUGGAGUGAGGCAAGGAAGAACUGUAAGGGCAGGAGAUAAUGGCAUUGCAAUGACUGUGCCCUCUGGUGCCAUUUCUUUCUUUAAGAUUUCAAUGAAUUUGUUGCAUAAUGGAUGCAAUGCUCUCUGUUGAAGUCAUAUCCCUGAAUGGCAAGGUUAAGCUCAUGACUAUAAGCACAGCUCUGCUUUCUUUUUCCAUUAUUUUUGUAAAGAGAAACAUUUUAUUGUAGCCAUAUCUAUAAUUGUGGUAGAAAUGGCUGUAAAAAAAAAAAAAAAACAAAACAUUUUUUUUUGUCUAUGAAACACAGAGAACAAAGAUAGAGCAACCCAUAUAGCCAAUUUAAUGUCUUGUUCUGCAAAUAUUACCACUGUAAUUUCAUAUGACAGAAAAAAAAUCAAAACCUAACACAUUGUUUCCUUCCCAAAUAGUAGCUUGAAUGCCAAACAUAACGGCUCCCUGCUCCCCCACCUAUGCUUAAUGGACCAUCACUCUCUUUCAAAAUGGGGAUAAUUUAGUGUCUUCUCAAAUGUAUCCCUAUAACUAGGUUGUAAUUUCCCUUCCCAGCUGGAUUUCUUCACUUUAUUAGAACACUGCUAUUUGGAAAAGGUUGUAGAACCUGGUGCAGCGAAAUCACUGUCUACAUUAAGGUGAAAAAUUCCGUUUGAAGAGAGGUAGAAAUGCUUUCACAUCCCAAGAAAGUCAGCAGGCAAUCUGGGUCAGGUUUUUUGAUAAAUAAACAUUCCAUUGACUGCUCCUAAUUUGAUUUGCAUAAUUACACAACAGGUAUAUUUAUGAGGUGAUUAGAGUCCCCAAAUUUUUACAUUUCUAGUUUAAGCAAUAGGGAGGAAAAGUCAAACUGUGACAUAAAACCAGCCUAAUGGAAGAGCAUACUCAGCACACUACUUUUUAAAUGAGGAAUAUUGAUGGAAAGCUUAUAGAAGGAGUACUCUUACAGGAAUUAAUUUAUCUCUCCUGACAAGCCGUUUCCUCCUGAAGAUGCUGUGAUUUUGCAGCUUGGCACAAAUUGCACUAUUUGCUUCAAACUAAUUAAAAAUGAAUAAUGCUCUAGUCAGCUGACAAGAUUUAUCCUAUUUAGAGACUUGUCUCACAGACUUUGGGAUUUUUUUCUUUAUUUUCUUGUCAUACUUUUUCUUAUCGUUAUCUUAACAAACCUGUGGCCACAGGAAAAAAAUUCUUCCUUGAAUACACUAAUUAGUUAUGGCAGAAAUAGCUACACUAAUAAGACUAUGCACACACAGGAAUCCGUAAAGAUGCUUAGGAGAAAGCGUGCAACUAUUUGCAUUUGAAAAAAUCUCUUGGUUUUAUUACCAGUUUGGGAUUUUAGCAGUAGCAGAGGAACAUGCUCCAGAAGAGGUGCAAGGAGAUGCUGGAGUAGCUACAAGGGUGCAAUCUGCAAACUUGGGCUUGGUUAUACUGGAUAACUUUAACUGAGCUGCAUUUGUGGGGCAAAUGGUAAAUACAGUUUAUUUUGGGGAUUAACUUUUUAACAUUCUUUGUAUUCAGUGUUCUCCUCCUGGCUUAGUCUUGCUAAUGUGACUCGCCUGUUGGAGUACUUUGUAGCUUUACAUCUAAGAUGAUCAGGAUCUUGAAGAAUCAAACCACGGAGCCCUCAUUCAGUAAAGAAUUUAGGCACGUGAGUAAGUCCUCUAGAAAGCAGCUGCUUUAUGCACAGGCUGAAGUGCUUCGCUGAUUAACGAUGCAUUUAAAAUGCACGUCUCAAAUUAAAUAUGUGCCUAAGUUUAAGCAGGUGAGUGAGCUUGCCAACCUCCCUGGGACUAUUCAGUUGCUUUAAGUUAACUGUCUUGAGCGCUUUGCUGCACCAGGGUCUAUACUGUAAAAGUAGGGAUCUAUGAUGGAUCUGUCACUGCCUUAGUUAUUUGUUUAUAUAAAAGUUAGCAAGUCAUAGCUUGAGCCUAUCAGGCUUGACAGGGAGCUGUUAAAUCCUUCAUGUGAUAGUGGUUUGGUUUUAGAUUAUUUAAGCAAAUCACCAGGUUCUCCUUGAACAUAAACAAUGUUUCUAUCCCCAUGACUUUCAUUUUUCAAAGUAAAUGGAGAAUGUAUGUUUUUCAUAUCCUGUCUCCUGUUUUAUAUUUGUAUCUUCCUUUUGACAGAUCAAAGCAUUCACUUUCUAUAUAAUAUAUAUUCACCACACACAUGCAUAUAUAUAUAUCUAUGUGCAGUUAGUCACAGAAGAAGUGAGAAGUAUAAUUUCCAUGUGAUGUAAAUGAGCAUAAGCUGAAAGCUCUCACAGAGCUGUGCUUAUUUACACCACCUGCAGAUUUGACCCUUCACUUUUAAUAUCUGGCAAGUUGAAAUAGAAAAACUGAAGAAACUUCUGAAAACUUUGCAGACCAAACUGUGCCCUUGAUUUUCAAAUGGAACUUCCCCUGACUAAACUUAAAAAAGGGAGUAAUGUAUGAUCUCAAAUAUUCUAGCUUCUCUGGGAUGUUUACAUUGCAAAGGCGAUUGUACAUGAAAUAUACCUUCCUUUUGUCGUGCUCUUUUGAUGAUGACCUUUCACAAAGCUGACAUCUGUGGCACAGCACUUGUAGUGUGUCUUGUUCUAUCAAUCCAUUAGUUUAGAAAUUAUUUUCUUACAAAAAUGUGACUCCGUUUCUUCUAUUUGCUUGCAAUCCACGGACAAUCUGCUUUCAAUCUGAAGAAUGCAUUGCUCUUCCUCCUUAGUAUGUCAUGUUUUCCUAUCGCAGUGGAGAAAAAGAGUAAUUGUACUUUCUAAUUCCAAAGUUGAAACUCGAUAGAACAUCCUUAUGCUGAGUUACUACAUGUGUGCAAUACUUGUCUUGCAAAGUAAAAUUCCCAGUAUCUGCCUUGCUUUGAUAACCAUUGCUGCACUGUCGAGGAAAUCUCAGCGGAACAACUCACUUUUUCUCAGUCUGCUGAUAGAAUAAAACACUUAAACCUGGGUUCUCACCUGUGUAAAUCAGUAUCCCUCCAGUGAGUGGGUCAAGCUUACUGAGUUUCAGCAGGUGAAGGUUUGGAUCUUAGUAUUAAACUUGAGAGCUUUCCAUGACUUGUACUCAGCAAGAGCUCCGAAAAGGAAAAAGUUCUGAGAGUCUCAAAAAUGAACCAGAAAGAGCAACAUUUAUUAAAAUUUUGAGCACGUAACACGGAUUACAGCUUAAACUGUAUGCUAAAAUUGCUUAGAGAAAAAAUUUCUUCCUCAAGUCUGUUCAAAUUUAGGUAUAGCUCUCCUUUAAGAUAGGCUUAAAGCUGUUGAGUUGGUGACAAGUGGAGCAUUGAGAGAAAAUCAUGUUAGUGGGGCAAUACAGCAAUUACAGUGCUCAGACCUUGUUUUAUUUUGCUUUACUGACUUGAACUUACAUUAUGAGCAGCUAAAGAAUGACAUAAAUGUAAACACAACACAUUUGGGGGACCCUGUUGGAAAUUUCUUAAAGAAUCCACAUCCUUUGGCAACCCUGGGGAAUGCAAGGAGAAAGUCUGAAGAAAACUCUGAAGAGAAGCAAAAUUAAAGGUAAAAACAAACGUGGUGAAGGGGGAGGGAGAAAAGGGUGGUUACAACUCAUGUUUAGCAAAGCUGUAUUACUUGUAUGAGAAGCCUCAAUUCCAUCAUACAAGCAGUUGCCUCAGCUAAUUAUUAUUUUCCCUAAUUUUUAGGAAACAAAUAAAAACAGCAUUUGUUCUACCA